AUGUACCCCGUCAAGUCGAAGAAUUUGGCAUCGUGGAAGUUCGGCAAGAGAAACAACCAAUAUAUACCGCACGUGUGGUUUGCGCUCACCGAAAACGAUACCUCUUUUACAAAAACGCUUUUUGUUUUCAAGAAGACCGAAAGUUGGAUGGGCAUCGGAUGGCGUCUGAGAUUCAUGCCCAACGAGGGUCGGCAUCUAAAGGGGCACGUCCCUCAAAAGACGUCGAAACAGACGUGCUACUGGAUCCAGUCACAAUCGAAGAAGGGCGACGACAAC